AUGAAUUCAAAGUUCGAUCAGUUUCGAGAAGCAGCACUCGAUUUGGCAGUUGACAGUUUUCCUGAAAGUGUCGAUUGCCUUGAUUCCUGUUUGGACAAUAUUGAAAAGUAUAAGGAAUAUGUCAAAAUGGGAAGUCGGCUGACGACAAAGAACAGUUUGAGUGACCUUCUCGACGAAGACCAAAUCCAUCAACUUCACAUGCUUAUGGAUAAAACAAAACGAGUUGAUUUGAUUGAGAAAGGACUUCACCAACAUCUCCACGGAAUUCCUGAAAAACGACGUCAAGAACUUCUUUCUGAAUUUUUUGCUUCCAAGCCAUACAGAGUCCGUCGUUCAACUAUCAGCAGGACUAUUGCUCGUGAGCCAACUCCUUUCUCUCCGGACAUGCUCUUAUGGCAGACUCCACGACAUAAAAACGUGAUUCUGAAACAGAAAAGAGAAAAAUCGAAAAACUCCCCCUGGGAUUUAAUGAACACGAUUGGAGACCAAUAUUAUCAUUUGAGAAAAUCGAUUAGAGUUAAAUAUGAUUCAAAAUUCAUGAAGUACUGUAACGAAAGUCUUCUAGCAAUUAUUGGAAACGACAGUUUCACCCAGUUGGAGGCUAUGGUACAGGAUAGUGAACAAGUUGAGCAUAUCUGGAAUAAAUAUCAACAAAUUAUUGGAUAUUUGAAAAAUGAAGAGGACCAACUAACAGCAGAGCACUACGGUCAAUUUUGUCGUAAAAUCUACCGUCUCUUGCCCAUUGAACAAGCUGAUCUCAUGUCUUGGCUCUCUCCAUCUCAAAGAUUCAGAAUUGCGGAAAUGAUUCAGGAUCCAGAUGUGAACGAUUCUCAAGUAUAUGAAAAGCUUUACGAGUUUUUCAAUAAAGCAAGUGGCGAUGCGAAAGACGAAGCGGACGAGGUCAUCACUCUUGGCUGUCGAAAGUUUAUCGCCCAUCAUUUGGGAGACCAAUUGGCUGAGGAUAUAGAGGAUUUGAGAGUGGCUGGUGGUGCCGGAAGUAGUCAUCAUACAGCGGCACUUUUGUUCGUGAAACACUACGAAAUUGCAGAGGCCGGAGAGUUGGCACACCAAAAACGAAUUGAUGAAUCUCUUUCAAUUUGCAAGCGAAUCUAUCUGGAUUAUGAUGGAAGUUGUUACUGUAAUGGACGGUCCGAUUCUUGCGAUCCAAAAACUUUUGUUUGUCAAAACUGUACAGGUGGAACAGUUGGAUAUCAAUGCGAAAAAUGCCCUGAUGAUUUACGAUUAGACAAAUCUGGGAACUGCUCAGUUGCUUUGGAUCUGCAAUGUUUCUGCCAUAAUCAUGCGAGUGAAUGCAUUGAUGGAGUAUGUCAAGAGUGUGAGAACAACACUGUUGGAGAUCAUUGCGAGCUUUGUGAUGUGGGGUAUUUCGGAGAUCCAACGAAAGGACGAGAGUGUACCAAGUGUCCAUGCCCAAAAAAUGGGGAGUGCUCAUACAACACAGUCUCCAAUAGAAUCGAAUGCAAUGAUUGUCCAAAAGGACAUAUCGGAGAGAGAUGUGAGGAUAGUGAGUCUUCAUAUCGACCAUUCACUACCGAAGCUUCAACAAUCACUCUGGUCGACAAUCAGUUAUAA